GGAAGGGGGCGUGCGCCACGAUCCGCUGCUGCCCGGAGGCCAAGCCUUGCACCCGGCCGACCUCGUGCCUCGGGCUCUCAGCCUGUUCCACGCGCUCUCAGCCUACGACCCCAGCUCUGCACCUCUUCCUCGGACAGCCCAAGCGCGAAGAGCGCGCCAUGAGCCGGGGCGAGCGCAACGUCGGGGACGCGCGGACGGGCGGCCCGGCAGGCAGCGGCGGUGGUGGCGGGGGGCGCCCCGCGACGGCGGCCGGGACCUGGGCGGUGAGCGCGCUGUGCCUGCUGCUCUCCGUGGGCUCGGCGGCCGCCUGUCUGCUGCUGGGCGCCCAGGCGGCCGCGCUGCAGGGCCGCGUGGAGGCGCUCGAGGAGGAGCGGGAGCUGCUGCGGCGCGCGGGGCCGCCAGGCUCCCUGGCCGCCUGGGCCGAGCCGCACCUGGAGCGUCUGCUGCGCGAGAAGUUGGAGGGACUAGUCAAGCUCCGGACUGUUCGGGAAGCGCCGACUGAAUGUGCCUGCCCCCCAGGUCCCCCUGGACGGCGUGGCAAGCCUGGAAGAAGAGGCGAUCCCGGUCCUCCAGGGCAAUCAGGACGAGAUGGCUACCCGGGACCACUGGGUCUGGAUGGCAAGCCCGGACUUCCAGGCUCCAAGGGGGAAAAGGGUGCACCAGGAGACUUUGGCCCCCGGGGAGACCAAGGGCAAGAUGGAGUGGCUGGGCCUCCAGGGCCCCCUGGACCUCCUGGGGCCCGGGGCCCUCCUGGCGACACUGGGAAAGAUGGCCCCAGGGGAGCACCAGGCCCAGUGGGCCCCAAAGGAGAGGCUGGAAAAGACGGCGAGACGGGCCCGAAGGGACCGCCAGGGCCCAAGGGUGAGCCUGGUGUUCCUGGAAAGAAGGGGGAUGAUGGAACGCCAAGCCAGCCAGGGUUUCCUGGACCCCCAGGGCCCAAGGGUGAGCCAGGGAGCAUGGGGCCUCGGGGAGAGACCGGCCUGGAUGGUGGCCCCGGGCCAAAGGGGGAGCCCGGCCAGCGAGGUGCCGACGGAGCAACAGGGCCACGGGGUCCCCCGGGCCUCAAGGGUGAACAAGGAGACACAGUGGUGAUUGACUACGAUGGCAGGAUCUUGGAUGCCCUUAAGGGUCCUCCUGGGCCACCAGGGCCACCAGGGAUCCCCGGAGCCAAGGGCGAGCUCGGAUUGCCUGGUGCCCCCGGAAUUGACGGAGAGAAGGGUCCCAAAGGACAAAAAGGAGACCCAGGAGAGGCUGGGGCAACUGGACCCAAGGGGGAAGCAGGCAAGAUGGGCCUGUCUGGCCUCCCGAAGGACCCACCGCCUACCUCCCGAGGCCUCAGUGAUGGUGGAUUAAGAAGGCUCUGCCCAGUGGAAGCGAAUUGGCAGAUGGGUGCCCACGGCCCCAAGGGGGAGAAGGGAGAGCCGGCAUCUGACAACCUACAGGAAAGCCUGGCCCAGAUCAUAGUGGAGCCAGGGCCCCCCGGCCCUCCUGGUCCCCCAGGCCCCAUGGGCCUUCAGGGAAUCCAAGGUCCCAAGGGCUUGGAUGGAGCAAAGGGAGAGAAAGGCGAGUUAGGGGAGAGAGGCCCCAGUGGCCUGCCUGGGCCAGCUGGCCCGCUGGGCCUUAUUGGGCUGCCAGGAACCAAAGGAGAGAAGGGCAGACCUGGGGAGCCAGGAUUAGAUGGUUUCCCCGGACCCCGAGGAGAGAAAGGCGACCGGAGUGAGCGUGGAGAGAAGGGGGAGCGAGGUAUCCCCGGCCGGAAAGGAGUGAAGGGCCAGAAAGGCGAGCCGGGACCGCCAGGCCUGGACCAGCCGUGUCCUGUGGGCCCCGAUGGGCUGCCCGUGCCUGGAUGCUGGCAUAAGUGAUCCCCAGUACCCAGCUCACAACCUGUACAGAUCCUUGAGGACAUUUUUAAUUGUUGUAAAAACAAAACAGUAAUAUAUUGAUCUUUUUUCACGGGAUGCACUGCCUGUGACCUUUUAACCUUUGAGUAUGUGCCCAGUCCAGCCCCAGAAUGAUCAGAUCAGCAUGUGAAGCUGGCAGGACCAUGGACAGGCGGAUCAGGAAACUGUGUACCUGAGGGGCAUCCACAGGACUUGGCUCUUGCAGGAAGGAGACACAGGUGAAGGUACCUGCCUCAGGUGAGGCUGCCAAGACUCCAGGAGGUUGGGCCUUCAGUUCCCUGAUUAGCCAAGAAACUCUACUACCUAGCUGCCCUACAAGAGCCUGCCCCCUGCAGCUCCAGAGCCCCCAGGGCCCACCCAAGUCUUGGACGACCACUGCAGCUGCUCCUGACCUCUCUAGCCUCUGGACUCAGCCAAAGCCAGCUGCCCACACUCUCAGGCCCCCCUGGAGCCUGGGUUCUCCAGGGCAGGACAUGGCUGCCACCCAGGCCUUGCAGCUGGGCACUGGGGGCUGUGGAAAGCACCCUGAGCAAGUCUAGUUCUCACCAAGUUCAUUAGGCCUCAGGAAGCCAGCCUGUAUGAGAACACACGUCCUCUGGCCACGAGUGGAGGCCAAGCACUGUGAUCGCCACCACAUGGACCCAGCUGCAGGGAGCUCUGCAGUCCCAGAAUGUGGAGGACGGCAGGGCCCAGGCUGGAGUGGUUGCUGCCUCCUGUCCAUCUUGACACCACCCAGAGCAGGGAUGUGAUGGGACUUUGCCAGCCUGAGGAGACAGGCCUCCAGCUCAGAGUUUGGGUCUCACUGACCCCAAGUCUCCUACCCAGGAGAACUCUGGUCAGCUUGCCAAAAGUGGUCUUCCGGGUGAACUGUGUAGAUGAAGAGAACCUCCGGGCUGGGUCCCAGCCGGCCCCAGAAGGGGACCUGCAACCUGGGCAUCGGCGCUCUGCAUCUUGAGAAGCUUCCCCACCUCUGACAAGGGUCCCCAGCCACCAGCUCUGGCCCAGCUACUUGCCUCCCCUCUCUGUGUAGAUGGAUAUCACUGUGUGUAAUAAACCACCCAUUUGUGUCUGGGUGCACCUGUCCUUGCAGACUGCCCCUGGGGCACCUCGGGGUAAGAUUUCAGCCUGGCCGUUGCAAAGUGGGGAAGGACAGGGGGACUCAUCCUAGGUCAGAGCCACCCCAGAAACCGGAAGAAGUAGUUUAGGAUCAGGGCAGAUAGGAUUUGGAGUUAGGAAGACACAGUCUCAAGGCCUAGCCCUCCCACGUACAAGCUGAGCCCUCUGGCCAGUCACAUACAUCACUGAGCCCCUGUGAGCUCCUCUGAUGCAGUGACCAGUGACUGCUGCACAGCAAAUCAUCCCAAAAUUUGUUGCCUUAAAACAAUGAUCCUUUAUAUUUCUGUCUUACAAUUCUGGGGUUAAUGGGCUCAGCUAGGUGGUUGAUGCUGGCUGUCAGCUGGGAAAUCAGAUGACCAGAACACCUACCCGGGGCCUCUACAUAGAGUCUGGGCUCCUCACAGCAUGGCUGCUGGAUUCCAAGGGUCCAUGUCCCAGGUAUACCAGAUGGCAGCUGUGUCACCUUUUAUGGCUAAGCCUCAGAAGUUAUAUGGUGUCACUUCCUUCCACAAUCAGCAGUUGACCCCAAUUCAAGGGAAAAGUAUCAACAUCAUAUUUUAAAGAGAAAACAUAGGGUAGUAGAUCUUACUGCAGCAAUCUUAGAAUUCAACCUGCCACUUCAUCUGUAGAAAGGGACAGGGAUGCUUACAGUCCUACUAGUUAGUGAGGACCAACUGCAUGAAAUGCAAGAAGAACCCAGCACAGGUCAGGCACCUGGCAGCUCCCAUGAUUCUGAGUUCUCUCUCCCUCCUCCCCACUCCAAGACCAAAUAAGGGCCACAGUCUUGCAAAGCGUUUCUAUAUUUUUCAUCCCAACUGGUCCUUAUGACAACCCUGAGAGAGGGACCCAGCAAAUAUGCCCAUUUCACAGGUGACCAAACCAAGGACAUACAGGAUGGUCUAGACAAGAAGGGGCCAGCAGUGAUGGUGUCCCAGGCCUUCUCCCUCCAAGAAAUGAGGCCUAAGGAGGGCCGUAGUUUGGGUAGUCCCCCUAGACCCCACUAUGCAGCCUUCUCGCAAAGCAGAAGAGCCCCAGCCACUCACUGGCUAAGGAAGAGGAAUGUGUCGAGUCCUCACCUGUCUCCCUAAGUUGCUGGAGGUAAGUGGCAGGUCCACUGCUCUGAGUCACCAGGGAAGCCAGUAGUGUGAAAUAAAAGAGAAACACAGUGGGGCCGUGAUGACUGAUAGAGAUCACUGGCUGUCCAAGUGUCCUUUGGCAUUCCAGCAUAACCUCACAAGUCUACUGCACUCUACAGUUUGUAAUUCGCUCCUCUCUUCAUACAGGUACCUCAUAGAUCCCCCGAUAAGCCCUGGGAAGGAGGGGACCUAUGUGGUUGCUGUCAUUAUUCCCAUUUUACAUAUGGGGAAACUGAGGCUCUGAAGGAGUAGUCAUCUGCCAAGGGAUUCAUAACCAGGAUGUCUUUCCGAAAUUGCUUGCCAGAGCAGAGUCUGCUAGGCAAUACCAUGAUUGACAGGCAGACCUCUGUGGGGGUCGAAGCCACAUGUUCCCCCUUCACCAGAUAUCAAGGAGGUCCCUUUCCUGCUCCUUUGGGCAAGACAAGGCCAUUCAUGGCUCACUGCUGCCCCCUUGUGGCCUCACAAUGUAUCCUCAGGUCUGCAACCUUUUCAACAGCAAGCUUCAAAUUUUAGAGCCUGCAGAUUGCUCCAAGAGCUUGGAGUGGGGGCAAGAGACUAUAUAAGAGUGAAUGACUUGCUCAGGGUCCCAGCUGAGGCAUGGGCGAGUGCCCUGUCUCAUAGCUGAGUCUCAAGAACUGAGGGUUUCACGUUUCCCUGCCAAGAAGGGCAGCUCUGCCCCAAACUAUCCCCCUCCAGAAGAAAGGAAAGCACAUUUAUUGAGCCCUGCUAAAUAAGUGUGUGCCAGGCAACUAAACUAAUCACAAGAAUUCCUGCCGCCUUUUGCAGAUGAAUCUGAGGCCUGAGGGGUAGACUGACCCUGGUCCUCCUCCUGAUUCCUAAGCUAUGACAUGGGAUGCUUUGGGUUGUGACAAUGACUGGGGACACUCCUGGCAUUCAGUGAGCAGGGCCAGGUUAUCAAACAUCUGAAAUACAUUGACAGUCUGCCCAAUGAUGAAUCAUUCAUCUCACUAAGAAUGCCAAUGCUGCCCAAAUUGAGAAACACUAUGCUCUGGGUUAAAAUCUUGGCUCUGCCACUUCCUCCAUCUCCUGCUCUCUUGGCCUCCAGUGGCACUUCCAAGGCCGGGCUGAGAUCAUGGACAGAGGAGUGCUUAGCUUGGGGCCACAUACAGGAAGGACUAGGCUUUUCUGAGCAGGAAGGAGAGGCUUCCUGGUGUUAUCCUGCCCCUGUAGUAGAUACUCUUAGCCCAGAAGGUGACCCGUUUGGAGGCCUGUCCUGUCCUCCAACUGUAUUGUCUCCUGACCCUGGACAUCCUGGGAGUGGGUGAAAUGUGGGCUGGACCCUGAGGCAGGAAAACCCCUGGGCCAACCUGACUUCUCUGAGCUGCCCUGGGCCACCAGACAGGCUUGUGUUUGGGCUCAAGCCAGGGCCAAAUAUAGGCCCAAAGGUUUGUUGGUGGCCUCUACUACUUUUCUGAGGGUCAAGCCCCCUUCCCCUAUAUGUGGCAGGAAUUUUUAGUUAAUGUGGGAGGAAUCUUUUUUCAAGAAUCAUACAUAAGGUUCAGCUUUACAGUUAAAAGUAA